AUGCCGAGGGUGACCAGCCAGAAGUUCACAAGACUCCACCAAGAAUCGAAUACCACCAGUCAUCUCAAGAAGAAACCGAAUGCAGAAAACAACCAACAGUCGAGCGGAGGCGGCGGAGGGGCGAGUAAUCCGAUUUUUAAUACGGAUAAGCUAGGACAACACAUCCUCAAGAACCCAUUAGUAGCCCAGACGAUAGUGGACAAAGCGAACCUGAAGACGACGGACAAAGUGCUCGAAGUCGGCCCGGGAACCGGCAACUUGACCGUCAAGAUCCUCGAGAAGAAUUGCAAAUCGCUCACCGUCGUCGAGAUGGAUCCCCGGAUGGCCUUCGAACUCUCCAAACGGUUCCAGAAUGCUAAGGAUCUCAACUUCAAACGCAAGCUCGAGAUCAUCGUCGGCGACUUCUUGAAGACCGAGCUGCCGUACUUCGAUGUCUGUAUCAGUAAUACGCCCUAUCAAAUUUCGUCUCCAUUAGUGUUCAAGUUGUUAGAACAUAGACCGCUCUUCAGAGUGGCGAUCCUGAUGUUCCAAAAGGAGUUUGGCUUACGACUGAGUGCGCGACCGGGGAGCAAGCUAUGGUCGCGACUGUCGGUGAAUGUGCAGCUCUAUUCGAAGGUGACUCAUCUGAUGAACGUCGGCAAGGCCAACUUCCGUCCGCCCCCGCUCGUCGAGAGCUGUGUGGUCAAGAUCGAGCCCCUCAAUCCGCCCCCGAACAUCGCCUUCAACGAGUUCGAUGGCCUCACCCGGAUCUGCUUCAAUCGCAGAAAUAAAACGGUCCGAGCCUCCUUUUUCGCCUCUAAUUCCACCCUCAAUAUGCUCGAAGCUAAUUGGAAUACUUGGAAAUCUCAGCAACAAUCCAUUGUCACUGAACAAGAAGAGGAAGAACAAAAUCAAACAUUCACAUCCAAGCUCGAAAAGAUUCUGCAAGAGUCUGGAUAUUCGGAUUCCCGCUCAGCCAAGAUGGAUGUCGACGACUUCUUAUCGUUACUGGCUUGUUUCCAUAAACAUGGGAUCCAUUUCGCUUGA